AUGGUGGAGGCAAGUCUUUUUGGUAAAGACGACAAACCGACAAAGUCUCGCAAAACCUUGAUGACGGAUGCCAUCCAGUUUCGGGUCGAGAGUUGCGGCCUGGCCCCACAAAUGCUGCCUACUGGAGAGAUGGUACCGGCAGUCAACCAACUGAUGAAAAACAAACACUCGAAACUACUUUUUCAGGUGGGUUGA